UUUAAAUAACUACAAUAAUAUUUACAAUACAAUAAUUUUCCCCAAGCUAUUUGAUAACAAUAGCGAUGACUCGACAAAGCCUAUUUGUGUGUGUGCUGGGCAUGGGCCUCCUGAUGGGGGCUGUGGGGCAGACGCCCGAGCUCGGCUUCUGCGGCGUCUACGAAACGUCGGGGAACUUCAGCGCUGAAUUAAUAGCGCAGAUUGAAAACAGCGAGGCACGCUUUUCGUUCAUUCUCUCAUCAGGCUCGUCUGGGGGCUGUAAAAAACUCCAGCUCUACUCCACGGGCAUCUACUUCUACCAGACAACGGACACGCUUGGCAAUCCUCUGAACGUAUCCAGCACGGUUACUAUGAAACCUCACUCAUCCUCUAGCCCGGCCACCAUAGCUCUUUCUGGACUUCCAUUUACAGAACUAGGAGCUUUGCUGGGCUCGGUAACAUUCAACGUCCUGGUUGCUGAGAAGGAGAAGCUCGUGCUGCUGUCGUGCUACAACGUUGGGCUUAUCCGAUUUCGUCAGCUUCACGUUCUUGUUGCCGAAGAAGUGAGCUCGUCGCUGUCGCCACAUGCAGUGCAGACGGAACUGAUAUCGAUGAAAGUUCCUCUGGCCUCCUCCCUCAAACAGCUGCCUCGGAGCUGUUUCAGUAGUUUUAGUAAAAGCAAAUGAUUAUGAACGAUUUUCUAACUUUUCGCGCCCCCGACAUUUCUAUGCUCGUUUAGUUAAUUAAAUAAGGACAUAAAAUAAUUAUAUUUUCUCAAUAUAUACAAUAAUAAAUUUGAUGACUUAGCAACUUCAACACUCCGUAGCGUUCUCGCGCUUCACUUCAUGCAAUGACUUCAUUGUUCACUUUAACUUGUAGCGGAUGAGCACCGAGCAUUAACUGUCCACUGUUCAAUACCUCCAGAAGGAUAGAGCUGCAAUCUGCAAAUUAUUUUAUCUUUUGAUAAUUAUUGGUAUAUUUUUAAAUUAACUUCGGUCUACUUCUCAGUGCCCGACAUUUCAUGUCUGCAGAUUCGUGUUGUACAAACCAUGUUAGACUUGCUACGUCGCAAUUAAAUACAAAUUUGCUGUGAUGUUCAAGAUGUUCGCACUGUGCUAAUCCUAAGUUAUGCGUAAUAAUUUUAACAGCCCAUGUUAAGGCUGCAGACAACCCCGAGGAUGCAAUAAAAAUAUUUCGGAAUCAGGGUACCGAAUUUUGUUUAAAUCCGAGCAUGUUAACCCACGACGGAAAUCACUGCAAGAAAGAUCCGACGUUCUAACAUUACCGAUCGCUUAGAUUCGUGCCUUCCAAAUGUCAGCCUAAAUCGUUGAUAGCCUAGGGUCAAUUACCCCUUAUUUAUUUAUAUUUAUAUUAUUUAUUA